AUAAUAAAAAUUAUUUCUGGAGCUGUUGCAGAUAUACAAGACUUUCCCUAUAUGGUUUCGCUACAGCAUAAUGGAACAUUUUUCGGGCACGAUUAUGAUCACUUUUGUUGCGGUAUUAUCAUCAAGCAGAAAUGGAUCAUUACUUCGGCUCAAUGUGCCCUAGCACGUAAAGUCAAUGAAUUUCACGUAAGAGUUGGAUCAUCUAAAUACUAUGAAAAUGGAGCCAUUUAUAACAUCAAAAAUAUAGCAAUUCAUCCAAAUUAUAAUAACAUAAUUCUUGAUUAUGACGUCGCUUUAUUAGAGCUGACCAAAAGUAUUGUGUUCGACAAAAAUACUAUGCCGAUAGAUAUACCAGAGAAUAAUGAAAUAAUUCAAGAUAAGACAAAUAUAUCUAUUGCCGGCUGGGGAGCUACGCAAUUAUUAGGAAAAAUAUCGGACGAUCUUCGCGAGAGUCACGUACAAAAAAUAAGCAAUGAAGCAUGCCAAUUAUAUUAUGGCAAUAACAGCGUAACCGAUCGGAUGUUUUGUAUAUUCACAGAAGGUUCUGGACCCUGCGUCGGUGAUUCCGGAUCUCCCGCUACAGUCUUACGCGAAAAGGGCAAAAGAGAAGAAGAGGUCAUGGGAACUUACGCUUGUGAAUGA